AUGUGGAAUCAGAUUUAUCUUACGCUCUGCGCGAGCAGAUCUAUAUGUGAAGCGUUCACGCAACGCCCGCACCAGGAUCGUUCUCCGCUCACUGUCUCUAACGCCUCCAGCAACAGAGCGCGUGCACUUGCACUCGAAGAAAAGCGAGGAGGAUGGGAGUAUGGUCCAUCGAUUGCUGGAGACACGGCUUUCUAUCCGACAGGCUCUAUAGGCGGUCCCGUUGCGAAACAGGUGGUGGACCGCUUCAGCGACUUCCUAGACACAGUGCAUGCUAAUGUCAUCAACGAUUCCAGAAUCGCUGCAGCGUCUGUCUUAGUCGAGGGUGGAUUGAACAGCAUACACGACUAUGAGAAGUUGUAUGAAGGCCAAUGGAAGCACUCAGCGCCCAAAGGACCAUAUCCAGGGAUUUUGACGAACUAUACAGACGACUUACUCUUCUCCAUGACCCAGCUCUCUGAGAACCCCUAUCGCAUCCUCCGCGUUCCUAAAAACUCAAGACUUCCUUUCGCUGUUUCCAACGCAAGAGCGAUCGCUGGUCAAACAUUGACAGCUCUUCAAGAGACUGGUCGCCUGUUCCUUACCGACUUUCUCGAUCAGGGGCGCCUGCGUAAGACUGCUGAUAGAUACGGUGCUGCUUGUCAAGCGUAUUUCUAUAUCCAUCCAGUAUCGGGUGACUUCUUGCCUCUCGCCAUAAAACCGAACGUGAAGAAUUCCGACCUCGUUUACACUCCGGAGGAUCUCCCAAACGACUGGUUGCUGGCAAAGAUGAUGUUCAACUCAAACAGCUUUUGGUAUGCACAAUGGUAUCAUCUAGCAGCUACACAUAUAGUGGGCGAGAUUGUGUACCUGAGUGCUAUUCGGACACUGAGUGAAGAUCAUCCUAUCAUGGCCAUUCUUCAUCGACUACUCAAAGAUGCUUGGGCAUUCAGAGUCGUUGCCGUUCAACGCCUGGUUUACCCUGGUGGUCCCAUUGACGAGUUGUUCCCCUGGGAUGGUAGUCAAGGAAGCAACUACACAGAUACGCUAUACCAAUCGGGUGAGGCUAGCGCUUUCCAGUCCAACUAUUUCGACACCAAUUUGCGAAGACGUGGCUUGAUCGACUCAUCUUUCGGGCCCAAAAUUAAGACCUUUCCUUUCUACCAGGAUGCUUCCGCUAUUCACUCCGCAAUCCGCUGUUUCAUGACCGUCUUUGUACAGUCGUACUACCCGAAUCCUGGCGAUAUUACCGAUGAUCAUGAGCUUCAGGCAUGGGUCAGGGAAGCUAGACCUGCUGAGAUCGUCGACUUUCCAGCGUCUGUUGAGAACCAGCGAAUUCUCGUCGAUGUUCUGACACACAUUGCGCACUUGGUGUCUAUUGUACACAGCACGCUGAACUCAAACGCUCUCGCUACUUCUUCAGGCUCCCUUCCUUUCCAUCCCUUCGCAUUCUACACAACAUUGCCGACAAAGAAAGGUAUUCAUGAUAUCAUGCCCUUCUUGCCACAUGUAGAAGCUUCUGUUGGUCAGAUCGCCCUAGCGGCAGAUUUCAACCGUCCCGGUUUUGUCGACAGCAACCAGACGAUUAUGCACAUGUUCGACAGUGCAACGAUGCUAGCCCGGAUGCCUGAACGCGUACAACAAGCAGAAGCUCAUUUUCGAUCCGCAAUGAAUCGCUAUAGUAUGGCGGUGAGGAGUAGGACUUUCGAUCGCAACGGACUUUGCGGAGGCAUGCCAUACUGCUGGUCAACAUUGGACCCAAAUAGUGCAACUUACUGGUUAACUACGUAGUAUCCAUGCACAUAUUAGGGCUUUGCCCUUAUUAAGUAUACAAAUAAUCAUGUA